UUUUUUUUCUUCCCACUUUGAUGGCGUGUUCACAAAAAGGCAAGUUUUUUAUGUUCUUUUUGCUCUUGUUUUUCUGUUAUGUUCAUGUUUUUAGUAACCCAAUAGACCCUGAAUCAUUAUCAUCAUGUUCAUUACAACCUCAUCACGAUUCAUCAUCGUGCUCUGAAGCUGUUUCUGAACAACCCCAGCAACCAAAUCAUGUGAAUCAAGAGGUUUUGUUUAGUAAGCUUGAGGAGCUUGUGAGAAAUCUUAGUGAAAUUGUUUCAAGGUUAGAAUCUAAGUUACCUGAGGUUGUUGAUAGUGAUAGAUCAGGGAUUCAGGGAGAGGGUAAAUCCAAUUAUAGGAAUAGUGUUGAUUUUGUUGAUAGAAAAACAUCAAGAGAAGGGGUUAUUGAAGAUGAAGAAGAAUUUGAGGGUAAAUUUAGGAAUGGAAAGAAAAAGAAGGGAACGUCUGUGACAAAGUACACUCCUUUUUGGUCAGAGAGGUUCCAAUUUUCUUCUGCUGUGAAAUUAGGUUCUGAUGCAACUUGUAUAAAUGUUUUGCCCUUUAGAGAUCAUGAGGGUUUGAGUAAGUAUGUGGCAGUUGGUGACAAAAAUGGGAAACUGUAUGUGUUCUUGAGGACUGGGGAUGUUUUGGUUGAGCUCGGGAGCUCGUUGGAUUCUCCUGUCACGGCGAUGGUUUCAUAUACAUCUGCUUACAAGAAUGAGAGUUUCCUGGUGACUGGUCAUGAAAACGGGGGAAUCUUGAUGCAUCGGGUUUGGGAGGGAUCGGGUGGCGAAGAUUGGAGUUCUCUUUUCAUGGAGAAUGUUGGUACUAGGUUUGUGUCGCCCGGGAAUGAAGGGGAAGGGUCACCAGUGUCCAUCUUGGAGGUUCAUUAUGUUGGGAGGAUGAAGUACAUUCUUUCAACUGAUGCCAAUGGGAAGAUCAAGGUUUUUAAGGAAGACGGUACGUUUCACGGUUCAGUUGUUCCGAGUAGUAGGCCACUAAUAUUCUUGAAGCAACGGCUAAUGUUUUUGACAGAGACUGGUGCAGGGUCAUUGGAUUUGAGGGGAAUGAAAAUCAAAGAAUCUGAGUGUGAAGGGCUAAACCAGUCGGUUGCUCGGAAUUAUGUUUUUGAUGCCACUGAGCGUUCCAAAGCAUACGGAUUUACCUCGGAGGGGGAUCUGAUCUAUAUCUUGUUGCUGGGAGAUGUAAUGAACUUUAAGUGCAGGGUUAGGUACAAGAAGAAGAUGGACAUGGAAGAGCCUGUGGCUUUGCAAGCAAUUAAGGGCUAUUUGCUAGUUGUUAACCCGGAAAAGGCUUUUGUGUUUAAUGUUUCGUCUCCACAUUAUGUGCGAAUUGGCCUGCCUCGACUUGUUUUCUCCUCUAGCCUUGACGAGCUAAGGUCAUCGUUCUUGAAUUAUCCAUCGGCAAGUUUGGAUUCAGAAUCAAAGGUGAUACCCUUGAUAGCUAGUGACCGUGAGAAGCUUGUUGUUGUUGGUCUUGGAGGUGGCUACAUUGGAGUAUAUCACUCUAAUCUUCCUAUCUACAAAGGGGAAUUCAACACCAUGCUAUGGACUAGCCCGGUAUUGUUCUUCUUACUCUUCCUAUUCGCGGCUUGGCAUUUUUUCGCCAAGAAAAAGGAGGCGCUUACAUCUUGGGGACCGGAUGAUCCUUUUAGCUCCACAUCAGCCCCAACCGGUGCUCCUUUGGCAUCCGGUUCUGGAGACAGGUCUUUCGUAGACUCGUCUUCGAGAAGUGCUGAAGUUAUGGAUCUUAGAGGUGGACCUCUCAGAGGUCCAUCAAGAAGGUAUGGAUCUCCUUCGAGGUACCCUGGAGGAGCUACAAGCUCCUAUAGACUUGGUUCUGCAGAUCAUAAUCCUAGGCCGGCUUCCGUUGAUCCGGAUUUCCGGGGGGCGUCCGAGCUGAAAUAUAGGGCGACGACAAUGGAGCCUCCGGGUUUCCCCAAAAGAAGAGAUCCCCUGUUUGCAGGGAAUCAAGGUGCAAAUGAUCGCAGUUGAGUUGAGUUGAGUUUCGUUGCAUAGUUGUUGAAAGAUUAUGAGCUUUUUUUCAUUUUCUCUUAACUAGUUAUGAGAUUUUCAUUAGGUUUUUUAAUCUCAUCUUAUGAUCAUUUGGCAAAACCUUGCUCUUUGAUCCUCUGCAGACUGCAGUUUUUAGCUUUCAAGUUGUUGCAUAAAAAAAGGAAAUAAAUUAUAAUGAAAAAUUUAAAGCCUUUUUCUUCAUUCA